AUGUUUUUGAUCAGUGCCACAAUCGCCGCCGUCAGAAACAGCCCGAGGGAGAUUUUCAACUGGUACCUGUUCGGGUGUACUUUGAUAUGGAGUUUCUUAGGAGUUGUCAAGGGGUUUGAUGAAGGUAACAUAGCCUCACUCGUAACGAUGGCAGUGUUCAAGAAAUGGUUUGGGGUCGACCAGCAGUCCGAUAGCGAAUACUCCAACACAAAGGGGUGGAUCGUGGCAAUCGCUACGGCCGGCGUAGUGUUCGGGUGUCUCGCUUGUGUCAAGCUCACUGAGAAGCUUGGCCGCAAGCUGACCCUGCAGAUAUUCACCCUGGUCUACAUUACCGGUAUCCUUGGCCAAACGUUCUCGUCUGGCAGCUUGGCGGGAUUGUAUGUAUCGCGCGUCGUCACUGGUAUGGGCAUUGGUGCCACAACGGUGCUGCCGCCAGUUUACAUCUCAGAAAUUGCUCCCCGCUUGAUCCGCGGUCUCUUGACGCUCCAAUACACUUGCUGCCAACAGCUCGGCGUCGUUUUUGGAUUCUUCUUCAACUACGGGAUCACGAAGCACUUUGCCGGAACCCAGACGCGAUGGCAACUGCCGACGGCCUUGCAAAUCGUUCCAGCGGUCCUGUGGGGCCUGAGAACGUUCUUGACCCCCGAGUCGGCCCGCUUCCUCCUGUCGAGGGGCAAGCCCGCCGAGGCCAUGAGGGUUCUCUGCGACUUCAGAAAACUCCCCGCGGAUCACCCCUACGUGCGGGAAGAGUUCCCGCUUCUGCACGAGAUGGAGACCGUGGCGGGCGCGUCAGUCCUGGACCUUGCCAAGGAGACGUGGACGAACAUGCCCAACAGGCGGCGCUUCAUCCUCAGGUUUCUCACCCACCUCUUCUCGCAAUGGUCCGGGGCGAACGCCAUCACGCAGUAUAGCCCUUCCAUCUUUGGGUACCUCGGCAUACAGGGAGAAGAAGGCCGUCUUCUGGCGACCGGAGUGUACGCUAUCGUCAAGUUCGUCUCGAUGCUGGUCUUCUUCGUCUUCGUUAUUGACUUCAUCGGCCGACGACGGUCGCUCAUAACCGGUAUCACGAUGCAGAUCAUCACUCUCUUGUUCGUGGGCAUCUACCUCAAGGUCACCAACGGCCGCAGCGCCGAGGAGAUCUCGGCCAGCCCGGCGUCACGGCGGGCAAGCGAGGCAUCCAUCGUGGUCAUCUAUAUCCACGCAAUCGCGUGGUCGAUCGGGUGGUUCUCGAUCCCGUACCUUGUCAGCGCGGAGGGUUUCCCCAUCCGGAUCAGGUCGCUCUGCGUAUCGGUGCUCAUGGCGUUCCAUUGGGCCUUCUACUUUGGCUGCUCGCGUGCCAUGCCCUCCCUCUUGGCGGCGACGGAGCGGUAUGGCGCCUUCGUCUUCUUCGCUCCCAUCUGCCCUGUCUCCCUCGUCUAUGUCUAUUUGGCGAUGCCGGAAACUUCAGGCAGGUCUCUGGAGUCGAUGGAGAGCCUCUUCAACCGGCCGUGGUAUACCGUGCACAAGGUUGCGUAUCCCAAGAGGGAAGAUCUUGCCGGGGCGCCAGCGACGACAGACGAGGAGACACAAGACGGAAAAGCCACCGUGACACAUGUUUCGUGA